AUGUUGAGAAGACUGGCCAUCGCCCAUCAGCAACGCCGCCUCUUCCAUGCAACACGAGCGUGGCGUCAGGCGAGUAGUAUCAUACAGGUCCAGGACGGCACCUUUUACCGCUCAUAUCCCGAGUCGUCAGACACACCAGCCGCGAAUCCGCCCUUGUUUGAAAAGCUCAAUUUUUCUCUUCCUGCUGGUCUCCAGAAAGAUGAGCCCUCUGAGUAUUGGGCUAUAAUUUCUCCCUCUUCCCUUGUCAGGACCACAUUCCUACAGAUUCUAGGUGGCCGCCAUUUCUGCCAGCCUCCCAAUGCCCGGACUUAUCCUUAUCUGGCCGAGCUUUCCAUCUCACCGCACAGCGCCGUCAAAUAUGUUGGCUUCGAUGCGGACCGCGGGAGUGGAGUUGGAGGAAACAGUGUCCGGGGAGCAUAUCUCAGCGCGAGAUAUGAGGCCCGGCGUGAAGAAACGGACUUUUCCCUCCACAAUUAUCUGACCGGCCACACCGAGCUCAAUGCGAUAGAAAAUACCCCGACUGCUGCAGAGGAAGAAGCCCUGGAAUUAGUCGUCGACCGACUCAAUCUUCGCUCCCUCCUCGACAUGCCUGUGGCAAAUCUGAGCAACGGCCAAACCCGUCGAGCCCGUAUAGCAAAAGCACUCAUGGCUCGUCCGGAAGUGCUUCUCUUAGACGGGCCAUUCAUGGGCUUAGAUCCCAACACCUCUGCGGCCAUUGMCAAAGUCUUGCACAGCAUUGCCACAAGUCAAGCGCCUCGUCUCAUCUUGAGUCUACGCCCGGAAGACGGCGUUCCGGGUUGGAUCACCCAUCUGAUAGUAGCAGACUCUGGCUCCAAAGUCCUCGGCCAGGGAAGCAAAAAGUCCAUCAUCGCUCCUAAAAUGGCCAAUUACCACAUCACAUCCAUGCUCAAUCCAAUCAUUGACACCUGUGGUAGACCCCAUUACACGCGCAGCAAAGACGCCCACUCUUACGACUCGCCCGCUCUACCUCCAGGUGAACCUCUAAUCGAGAUGCGUGGUGUACAAAUCAAAUAUGGCAACAAAACCGUUCUCGGGAACUGGAUUCAAACAGACCCCAUGACAGGUGCAUCGUACCCCACUCCCGGUCUUUACUGGUCUCUACACCGCGGCCAAAGAUGCGCCAUAUUCGGCCCUAAUGGGAGUGGAAAGACGACGAUGCUUUCGCUCAUCACUUCUGAUCACCCUCAAACAUACUCACAACCGAUCUUUCAUUUCUCUCGUUCCCGCCUUCCCGCGCCCGGAGAACCAGGAAUAUCGCUCUUCGACCUCCAGGCUAAGAUCGGACACUCAAGUCCCGAGAUUCACUCCUUCUUUCCCAAACACCUCUCCGUUCGGCAAGUUCUCGAGUCCGCAUGGGCGGAGACACCAUUAAGUCGACCCAAGCUCACAGCGCCUCGGGAUAGGAUGGUGGAUGCUACGCUCCGCUGGUUCGCCAGGGAAUUGAAUCCGGAGAUAGGAGGUGGGGAGCUAACUUCACAGGAAAGGCUCAACGAAGCGUGCUCUCUACGCAUUAGAACAAACCGAAAACUGGCCACAGCCAAGGGGCAAGCGCGAAAAGCAUGGAAUGAUAUCAUGCACGACGAUUCGGAUCUGCUAUUUGCAGAGAAAGUCCGGUUCCGAGAUUUGAGUUUUAGCUCUCAGAGGCUGGCAUUGUUCCUACGUGCGAUUGUUGGGAGCCCGGAUAUUGUAAUUUUGGACGAGGCGUUGAGCGGCGUGGAUUCAGACAUUCGUGACAAGGCGCUUUUGUGGUUGAGUCAGGGUGAGAAGAUUGAGUGUGUGGAGGGUGCGGCGGCAGUGGAGAGUGUGCAAGCUCUGCUGGGUGGGGAGAAAAUUGUAUUUCAGGGACUGGAGGACAGGCAAGCAUUGGUGGUGAUUGCGCACGAGAAAGGCGAUGUUGCGGGAUGCGUGAGAGAAUGGAUCUGCUUGCCACAAGGAGAAGAGGAAGKCAUGGAACCCAGAGUGGGUGUUUUGGGUGGACCGCUAGAGCUGAGACCUACAGCGUGGGAGACGGAGAUAUGGGGUCGGAAUGGGGACACGCCUGCCGAGACAAAGUAA